AGUCCAAUCUCAGUUCAGUGUAUUGUACGUACAUCCUAUCAGACUGACGAGGAUUGCAACAUAUGAUGAUCCGGUGAUCGGCGACGAGCCCCGGAGCGCAUGCCCUUACUCUUGAAGUGCAAAUGAGGUCAGACUCCAUCGGAGGAAAAAACCAGAUUUCAGUCAGGGAAGUCCGGUACAUAGGAGAGCUCACUAUGGUGGCAGUAUCAACUUGUCUGCACGAGUACUGAUGAAAAAAAAGGAGUUCUGCGCGUGGUCCUUAUGUCCGUGCGUGCGGUCGGGUAUAACCGUAAACAAGUAAUCGCGUUGACCGACAGGACGCAGGCUGUUGCAGGCAGCGUAUUUGGUUAUCUGGCCACCAAGCCGAGGGCAGAUCUUCGGAUUACUAGAUACUGGUGCCAUAUAUGGGGCAUGGGCCAAGGAGUCGGCGUAGUUUUCGAGGCCCCAGCUGCCCUAGGCGGAAUGAAGAUCAUGUUAACCGACCCAAGAGUGCUUGCACACUACUAUGCCAGGGAAACGCGGACUUACGUACAAACUGAACCGACUAAAAUUUUCCUUCAGCGCAACAGUACUGUGCAGUUCGGACGAGGGAUACCGCGGUCGCAAGGCGAACACAAAAGGCAACCCAAGUCGUUGACGCUUGCAUUUGGCCAAGGUGCAACAACGCACCUCACCCCUAUCUUUUACAAUUUCGCUCUCAAAUCACCCAAUCCAAUCCAACCGACCACUCUAGACUUGAUACCAUCGGAUUUUCGAUGCACUCGGAUCGUCCCCAAACGAUCAGUUGUAAAUGUUGGCUUCGUCCUUCUGUCACAAGUGAUCCCUUUGUUGGCUUUCAUACCGACAUCGAGGACUAAACUGCUUCUCGAGAUGCAAAGGACUAUGAAAGAUAUCUCGAAGGAAUUACUGGCAAGAACAAGGAAGGAGAAGGAGGAAGGAGCACUUAACGGGGGAGAGGACGAGUCAACCAUUGAUGUUGGAAUAAAAGCCAACGAAUCGGACUCUUCCAUUCGUUUGACUCUUGAAGAAGUGCUGGCGCAAAUAAAGGUCCUCCUUGUCGCUGGGUAUGAAACGACGUCUAUCUCAGUCACGAACUCUUGGCAUUUGGUGAGGAGCCGCCAUAUGACCAGCAACAAAAUGGGUCACCCUACCUUUGAUGCUGUGGCGUACGAAACCUUGAGAGCGCAUCCACCCGUGAUAGAUUUUGUUCGUGUGAUCUACCAAAAUAUGGGGGGUGCAGAUGCGAAGGUUCUGCGUCCAGACCAUUGGGCGGAGGAAGAUGGGAUUCCAAGGAAGGCACAGGAUGGUCAAGCGUACCGACAUUUGUUGACGGCCCGCGGACUUACAUUGGCUGAGUUCAAGGGGGUUAUGUCAGUGCUGGUGAAGAACUUCGUGUUUGAGAUGAGAGACGGGCCUGAUACGCAAGUGGAGCUUGGCAGGGAAUUGUUGCCUAUGCCCAGGAUAGUAGCUAUCCGCUUCCUUUCUGAAAUCUGUCAACCGUACACACGAUUUUGCUUGGCCCGGCCUCACCGAUAGUGACUGAUCAGGGACUGAGC